AUGCCUCCACGCACAGCGACGUCAAAUCAUCAGGGUGGCAGCAGCAAUGCCAACGCCAGCGGCAGUAACAAGCCGGUCCCCAAGGGCACCCGACAACGCCGGGAAGAGCCCAAGGCAGAGGAGCCCGCCUCCCCCGCAGGACCAACCAUAAAGGCGCAGAUCACAAACGCCGCGAAGGCCUCGUCAGGUAAGAGUUUCCUCGAUGCUCUCCGUUCGGGUACCGCCAAACGUCAGGCUGCCGAAGCCCCCGCCGCUGUAGAACUGCCGGUAGCGCAGCCCGCAGUGGUUGCCUCUGAGCCUGAGGCACCUGUUGUUGUUGUUGAGGAAACCGUCGUAGAAACUGUAGUUGCAGAGGUGGAAGCCGUUGUCCCCGUUGAGGAAACGGUGCCCCAGCCACAAGAGAUCCAUGAGGAACAGACACCCGUGGUAGAGGAGAAGCAGCCGACGCCGAUGCCGACGCCACCUCCACAACCGCAGCACCCUGUUACUUUCCCUGAAACGGAUGCACACUUUAGUUGGGCCAACGAUGAUGACUACUGCUUUGUAAAUCAUAUCGCUCCUGCACCACAGCAAGCAGAACCGGCACAACCGGAAGCCCCAUCCAACCUCGUUCAGUACCCUCAGGAUGUUGUUGACGCGCAGCAAAAGGGACCGCAUACCACUUUUAAAGCUCCAGCAGACCAUCAGAGUAUGGUAAGUGCUAUGGCUGACUUAGAGAAGGAACGCCGCCACUUAGACGAUACCCGUCGUAACUAUGAUGAGUACUGCAAGCAGCGUGAUAUUGAAUUUAAUGAGAAGCAUGCACGACUCGUCGCUCUUGAGCGACAACUGAAGGAUCAGAGUGAAAGCCUCCAACAGCAGCGCAACAAACUCGAAGAACAACGUCAGCAGUUGCAGCAACAGCAACAACAACAGCAGCAACAGCAACACCAGCAAUCCCCAUCACGCACCACACCUGCAGCUCCUCCCGUUACUUCUCAGCAUGGCACACAACCUACACCAGGUUACACAUACUCCCCUGCGAUGCAGGACAAUAUGCAGUGGGCUCCCCCACCACGUCCCGAUCAUUGGUCCAUUAACCAUGGUAUGGUGGCACCCCCAUAUGAGCAGAACAGAUUCUACCCUAAUAUGCCAUACCAGCAACCGCGCAACAAGCCUUUCGGUGCCCGAGGAGGCGAGGCUCCCCCACACAUGGGACGUGGAAACCCGAUGCGCUCAAAUCCGCACGUGCAAAACAACUUCAACGGUCGUCCAAUGAGCAGCAACAACAAUGGCGCUGAUGUUCGUGGACCUGCGCCCGAUGGCAACCUCAAUCCGAUGUUCAACCAGCGUUCGCAGGUGGGGUACAUGCCUACGAACAAUUUCCACAACCAGUGGUGA